AGCGGAACCUGAGCAGCCGACUGCUAGAUGUGGGCGCCUUGAUGGGAGCCUGAAGACGUGCGGUGAUAUCAUCUUUGAUUGUGGGGGGCGCUAAUCACACCCCGCAUCACCUAGAGGGGAGCUGACAAGUGAUAACUCGUGAAGAAACCCAUACUUCAUCUCACCGGAUAGCAGGGUCUUCACUACCUACCUAGUCAUGAUGUCGAUGACUAGAACCGAGACUAAGGCGCCGGUGCAGUUCAUGAUACCAGCCAACCCCGGUGCCAGUCCAGUUGGAGACUCGAAUACUCAGUCUCAGGCCGAGCGGGCCCCGAUAAGCGGCAUUCCUCUUUCUAUAGCCCAAGGCAACAUCGGAGUGGGCGAGAACGUAAUCAAAGCACUCCCCAUUCCUGGAUCAGUCCUCAUAGAUGCCCGGCUGUCCGGAAGCUCCCUUUGGGGCAAAACAGCCAAGUUGGUCGUUAGACUUCCUGAUGGCAAGCCCCAGGAUUAUUUUCUCAAGGUCGUCCCCAACCUUGGCACCAUCGGAAAACAGAUGUGCCAUGGAGAGUUCGAGUCGCUAAAAGCCAUCCAUGCCGUCUCCCCGGGUUUUGUGCCCAAACCAUAUGCGUGGGGCGAGACUGGCAACGGACACGGCGACUACUUCCUUCUUGUGGAGUUCUGUCACUUGGGGCGCCAGCCCGCCGAACCGGGAAAGCUGUCUAGCAGGCUCGCUGACAUGCACAUGCGCUCCGUCUCGCCAACGGGGAAGUUCGGCUUUCAUGUUUCCACGUGCCACGCCAAGAUCAUCCAAGCCGUCGAUGUGUGGGAUGAUUCGUGGUGUAUGGUCUUUGGCCGCCAUCUAGGUCAUAUCAUCGACUUAGCAUCACCCAUCCUUCAGUGGGCCGAGUUUGACGUUGUGUCUGAUCUGGUACUCGAGAAGGUCGUCCCUCGUCUCCUGUUACCGCUGCAGUCCGACGGAAGAGUGCUGAAACCUAGCCUCAUCCAUGGCGACUGUUGGGAUGGUAAUACCGCUAUGGACAUAACGGGCGAGGCCUUCAUCUUUGAUGCCUGUUCUUUCUACGGUCAUAACGAAUAUGACACGGGAAACUGGCGUGCCCCAAGACACAAGUUGAGUAACAAAGCCUACAUCAAGAACUAUAAGCUUCACUACCCGAUGUCAGAGCCGGUUGAGGACUGGGACGCUAGAAACCUGCUUUACUCGCUACCGUACAACAUCGGGAACGCCAUUUACGUUCCGGGUUCAAACCAGAGACAAGCCGUCUAUGAGGAUAUGACCAGUCUCUGCGAAAUGUUCUGUUCUGACGACUUGCGCCGAGCGAUGACGCACUUGAAGGAACGUAAAGUCUUUGAGAAUGCCCGCGCAGGGACGGAAUAUGCUAGCUCCGAGGAAGAAGAGGAGGAGGAAGAAGAGGAGGAGGAAGAGGAGGAAGAGGAAAAAUAUUGAGAUGGUAUUUCUCGCUGUAGUCUUCAACUUGCAAUUGAAAGUAUUUCUGACCUAAUCACUGUAAAUAGCCUGGAGGUCUAUCCUAGGACAAUAAAACAAGAGGUCCUCGAUGACCUGAGCUUCUUA